AUGAAAGGCUGCUCUGAGUUAACUGCUAAAAGCUUCUGGAGGGAAGAAGGUAUAAAUUUCUCAGUGUCCGACUCUGAAGGUAUGUCUGGUUGUCUUAUUACUUUGUGGAAUUCUUCGAAACUGAAAGUGGUUUGUAGUUUUAAGGGGACUGGUUUUUUGGGUAUAAAAGUUUUGUCGAUGGAUAAGGUUUUCUAUGUCUGUAAUGUGUAUUCUCCCUGUAGCCUCUCUACUAAGAGGGUUCUUUGGAAAAAUUUGCUGAAUGUUAAAGACAAAUUCAAUGACGGGGAGUGGCUAAUUGGUGGAGAUUUUAACUCGGUUAAAAAUGGAGGUGAAAAGAAAGGGAGGUCUGAAAUUGAAAACCGUGCGGAGUGGGAGGAAUUUGCAGGUUUUAUAAGUGAUACUGGGUUAGAAGAUGUGCCGUGUAAAGGGAAAAAAUUUAGUUGGUUCAGUAGCGAUGGAGGGUCGAAAAGCCGGCUGGAUCGUUUCUUGGUGUCUAGCAACAUUGUUAACCUGUGGGGUGUUGUCGCGCAAAAAAUCGGAGAUAAGGACAUAUCCGAUCAUUUUCCCAUUUGGUUAGUGGUGGACAAAAUGGAUUGGGGUCCGAAACCUUUCAAAUUCAAUAACGAAUGGUUUCAUCACAAGGAUUUUAUUGAUUUUGUCGAGAAGGAAUGGAGAGGAAUGCUAAUCCAAGGGCGUGGUGAUUUCGUGUUGAAAGAGAAGAUAAGACUUCUUAAGUUCAAGUUGAGAUGGUGGAAUUCGAAUGUUUUUGGUAAAAUCUUGAUUUGGAGGAGGGAGUUAAGGAGAUGA